CUAUGGUGCUGUCUUUGCUCCUGCUGCUGUUGCUCUCUGUUUGCAAUGCUAGUCAUUUCUUCGGAACAGUGAUGACCUAUUAUCCAAGCUACACUGACAUAAAUCAAACUGUUCAGGUGGUCCUUCGCGCUAAGAUGAACUUCCAUCUUUGCUCACAGUUGACUAGAUGGAGCUGUUCCAGUUUGAACUGUGGUACUGAGAUCUUGUUACCGAACACUGUCAUUGACAGAGAAAGCAGCGACGACUGGUGUCAGUAUGAGGAAAUAUCAACUCGGCAGGUUCCCAACAACGCUCCAUUUCUACUGAUGUUGAGCGGUGGUUCAUGGGUAGGGAAUAAUAAUGGCAUCACUAAUUGGCGAGCUAUUACAGUGGUUGAUGUGAGAAACAGAUCUGACACCAACAAAGCCAACUCAUCACCACAGACCACCAUCCUGCCUCUUCUCAGAGUUCCUUCAAACUGUCAAAGAGACUUUAACCUCUUGGCCUUUGACUCUGAUGGAGAUAAUGUAAGAUGCAGAUAUGGAGAUGCAUCACUGUCAGAGUGUUACACCUGCACUCAACCACCUGUUCUCAACCUCUCAGCAUCCUGUACGUUGUCAUUCAGCCCAACAAGCAGCAGUAAUGAAGGAGCGUAUGUUGUUCAGAUGGUGAUGGAGGACUUUCCAAAGCAGAAUAUCACCCUGACUCAAACUAAUGGUUCACAGGAGGUGAAAAGCAACAAUGAUGCCGUCAGCAAGAUUCCAGUCCAGUUUGUUGUAAGCGUGGAUCCUGUGGUGCCGUCCUGCACAGAGGGACUUUAUUUGCCCAAGUUCCUGCCUCCAACCCCAGAUAAUGGGGCUCAUCUGUACACGCUGGUCAAUCAGUCCCUGACAAUUGCCAUCAAGGCCGAGACUCUUAAUGCUACGAUGUCGGAGCUGCUGUACAGUGGGCCGUCCAGCAUUAACCAGACCACGUCAGGUCCAGGACACUACAUCAUGACGUGGACUCCAUCUCAACGCGAGGAUGGAGAAAGUCACCCCAUCUGCUUUGUCGUCCAGGCUACAUACAAUGGAGUGAAGUAUCACUCAGAGCUUCGAUGCGUCGUCGUUGCUGUAAAAGCACCUCCACUAUUCAGACAUAAAGUUGUUGUAGCCCUGAAAAUAAAGGUCUCCCCCUCAUCUCCAGUGUCUGAGGAAGACAUCAGGAUUGGCAUCAUUCAAAAGGUCAAACAUGAACUGGACAGCAGAGGGAUAGCAUCAAAUGUGACGCUGCGCCUUGUGAAGACGGACACAGCCACACCAAGUCCUGAUUGUUGAUGAAUUGCUAGCUAUAUUAAGUUCAGUUGUUGUUUAAGCAGUUUUGGUUUUGACAACGUUCAUAAAGCUCAGUUCAGGAGCCUAGUGAAAUCUAAUUACAGCUUUCAACAUACACUCAAUUAUGUGCAUCAGUCUUCCAGUCAUUAUUUUAAUUGUGAUUUUAAAACACUUUAUUCUACAUAUCAGCUGUCAUGGAUUUGGACUCUUAAGUUACCUGUUUUACUGUCAUACCACUUCUGUUUUGUGUUGGUUCCAGCUUGUGCAUCCGGUCAUGUGAUCCACCAGCUGCUAUCAAUUUUUCAUUACUUCUGUUACAUAUAUUCCACUUCUCACCAUGACUCCUUGCCAGAUUGUUGCGUGAACUCACCACUUUCCAGCAUUGUAUUCCUGUUUGCUUUCUGUGCCUGACCACCAGCCUAGCCCUUUGAACCCUAGCCAAGCCUAUAGUUUUUGACCUGUGCCUGUAUUUUGACCGCCGCCUGCUGAUUCCCUGUUUGUACCUCUUACUGUACCUGUGUUUUGGCCCUCGCCCGUACGACCUGGGUUCAGCUCUGCCAUUAAAUGAAC